ACAUUUUGUCAGUGGCUGACAGAUGACUCGUCAUUCGAUUUAGCCUGUAAAUAAUCGUUUUCGUUCGCGUGUGUGUUACAUUUAAUGCUCGAGCGCACACGUAGACGAUUUAACAUUGGCUCAGGUGGAAAUGUCAUUUCUUACGAAUACUUGAACGUGUUAAUGUCAUGGCGAGUUCCGUCAACGAAAUAAAGGAGUCAUUCUCUGUGAGCGGUAAAGGAGUCGUAGGUUGCGUGGCUGCGAAGGUAUCGAUAUCCUAUGAAGAUAUAGCCACAAAGCUUCUCGAUGAGAAGCUUCUCUUAACGGCUUUGGAAUUGCACGCUGAACUAUGCGAAGUUGGCAAGGAAUUACCAAUCCUCAGAGAAUUUUUCUCAAAUCCGAGCAACUUUGAAAAUUCCAGUAUCAAGCCAGAACCAUAUACAUCCAUGCCCAGGUCUUCUAGUCAGGCAACCUUGGACUCUUUGGAUAUGACUCGAUACUCAGAAGAUGGAGGUGGUGUUGAUGAAAGAGUAGCUAUUCUUGAAUUUGAAUUGCGCAAAGCUAGAGAAAAUAUAUCUGCAUUGCGUGCUAAUCUAACUGUGGUAACAGAAGGUAUACUAAAGGCACCUGACAAGAGUUCUGAAAAGAAUUUAACCACUGAACUUCCCAUCAAACCACAUGAGCAACGAGCAUUGAAUUUUCUCAUCAAUGAGUACUUGCUAGCGAGAUCUUAUAAACUCACUUCGAUUACCUUCAGUGAUGAGGACGAAGAUCAGGAUUUCGAGGAUUGGCAAGAUGUGGGAUUAAAUAUCCCUAAGCCUGCAGAAUUAUUACAGAUAUAUAGGGAAUACAUGAGAGUCAAUGGACACGAUAAACCACCAUCUGUAAGCGUUGCUGUACAAACGGACUUUGUUGCUGAUGAAAUUGAGGAACAAAAAAAUGAAUAUCAGGAAAUGGCAACACAGAUCGAAAGAUUAGAACAGCAAAUGGCAGCAUUGGAACAAGAGAAAGCUGCUCUUCAGGAAGUAAUAUCGUCAUCCAAUGAAAAUAUAAUAGAAAAUCCAGCUAAGUCUGGUAGCUGUGGAACUAUUCGUACUAUCAAUUCCAGUUCCACAACCCCUGACAAGUUUGAAAUGUUAGAAGCAUUACCGAGAGACACCGCUACUCAAGAACCAGAAGAAGAUGACAGUGCAUCUGCGGUUGUUAGUUUGGACGAAACAGACCCGGGAGACAAAGAGUGGACUAGGCUGCAGUUACCCAGAGUAAAUAUUAUAGAGCGGUCCUCUAGAGAGGUUCUAUCAACCACAUCCUCCAGAGAUUUACCAGCCAAGUUCAAAUUAGAAGUAGCGGCGCAUUGCUUGGCGAAUAUUUCGGGAUCAGUGAUGCCGUCGAUAGAAGAAUCGUUGAAGUGCGGAGUUACUCGGGACACGUUGGUCGAGAUUGUAACGUGCACCUUGCCGCGAAUUGUGCCUAAUAUCAUCCUUAACAAGCGCGAGGAGAUCAUACCUUUGGUCCUUAGCGCGAUCCACUUGCAUCCGAAUUCCAGCGAGAGGGAGAAGUUGCUGCAGCUGCUGUUCAACUUGAAGAAGAGACCGCAGGAGGACGAGCGGCAAAUGAUAUUGGCUGGCUUAAUCGUGAUGGUGAAGCUGGCGGAGGAGCCGCUGGAAAGCGAGGAAAUCCUGACGAUCUGUUGGGAACAGAGCCAAAACAAAUAUCCAGAACGGAGAUUAUUAGCCGUUGAAUGUUGCUCCGUACUCGCGUCAUACACGUCGGCUUCCAUCAGGAAUUCGCUGAUGCUAUCCAUGCUGCAGCAGAUGUUAUUGGAAGACAAGGAUCCCGUUGUUCGGACUAGUGUAGUGAGAAGUCUUGCGCUGCUCAUAGCUCUAAUGGACGACCCUGACAAAUAUUUUCAAUGCGAAGAACUGGCGUUAACGGCGCUUCAUGACACAUCGUCGAUGGUUGUCGAGACGGCAUCGUCGGUGUUGUUGCCGGUAUUGGCGCAAUGGGCGUUAUCCUUGAAAAGGCUACAUCUGAAUCUGUUGCCGCGCAUAAUCCUGAAAGUGAAGAACCAACUGAGACAGACGCAUUCGCAAAGUUCAACGAACAAAGACUAUAUCGACGAGGAGAAACUAGUGCCGUCGGUGGGUAUCCUGCAGUGCAUCUUGCCGUAUAUGGUCCUGUGCGUCGCUGAUACCGACGCUGUGCGAUCCCGCAUCGAGGACGGAACGUCGUCGAACUUGCCCGAGGAAUUUCUGGAGUUGUGUCACUCCAACAUCGUCGACCCGAGGGUAUUCUACGAGGGUCCGGUCAAUGUCGGCAUUCUCCUGAACACAUUUUUCUCCAAAUCCUGGGAGGAUAUGUCCUGGCCGGAGUUAGAGUGGUUUACAACAAAAUUUGUUUUCGACGUCUUGGAAAUGGUGAAAUCCGUGGACGCGGCACACGAGAACGUUUUAAAGACGCUUCUUACGUACAUUUACUCGUUGUGCAUAGGCUUUGGCAAAUAUAUUACGCGAUCUAAGAUACAAGCGGCGUUUUUCCCGGAAGUGUCAGAGCUUGAGCAGCAGUUGACAGCGUUAUCGGUAGACAAGAAGAGCAUGAGUUUCACAUUGAUCCCGAGUUACUUGGUGAUUCUGAGCACUCUCGAUCCCGCGGAGCUGAUCAAUUAUUUCAAACAGUUCCUUGUGAUCUUGUCCAUAAGCGGUACCAAUAUAUCCUGGCUGCACGUCGCCGCCUGUGAGGAGCACGUGCUUGUUGGUUUAUGGGAUGGUGUGGUGCACCCGCGAUCCAGCGUGAGAUCCGCGACGGCGGCGUUAUUCGGCUCCAUCGUAGCUCAUGUCUCGGAUCGACUCGCGAGCACGAGGGUUGUACCAGCCAUUGUGACAUUAGCCAGCGAUCUCGAAGUUGGCGUGCGUUACGCAGCAAUUCUGUCAUUGGGCCGUGUAAUAACAGAGUGCAAAGUGAGAGAAGCCCGCGACAAGGCUCGAUUGACAUUGGAGACGAUCGCGAAGGACCCCCAGGGACUUUCUCAGAUUCUGGCAACUUCGUUGGUGUCUACGUUCGCGUUUAUCGCGCCCAACUGCCCGCAGAAUUAUAUAGAGGAUAUAAUAGCGACGCAAUUAUCGGCAAUCGCUGCGUUCGCGCUUCAGCAAAGUCGCAAAAUCGAGCUGGUGAGCGCGUUGGUGGAAGCGUACUCGGUGUUGGUUUACUGUCCGUUAAGUAGCCAAUGCGUUUCCGGGGUGGUGGUGCCGGGACUGCGGCACCUCGAGACACUGGUGAAUCAAUGCCUGCCUCAGCAGAGGGACGCGGUGCGAUCGCUACUCAGGGAAGUAGAGUCCAGACAAGACGUCGCGAGGCCGAUUGAGAGGACACUUUCAAUGAGUUCCGGGCUUUCUCUGUCCAUGGCGACGGUGAACGUCGGCCAGGGCGUCGAGGACAUGCGCCAGAGGAUGAGCAAGAUUUUCCAACAGAAAACCGGAUCACCCAGCAUGUCAAGCAUCUUUCGCAAAAAAUAAACUCUUUACGUCGUAACGGUAGAUUAAGAAAAUUGAUCUAAAUUAUUAUUCUACACGCGUCACGAGUGUGUCUCGUCGAUCUCUCGUACAAAGAUCAACGAGAGACCAAUCACACGAGGUUAUUGUUACGACGUGAAUGUUGUUUUAAAGGAAUGUUAACUUAUUUUUUUAUCGUGCUCUAGCUAGUAAGUAAUGUGUAAAUUAUUUUGUUUAAAUGACAGAACAAUACUACGGACGCUACGGACAAAUGAAGAAUGUGAAUUUUUACAUUUCGUAAAAGUCGAUGUCGACAGCGUGUCAAUCUAUCAUUUGUUCUUUUUUUUUUCACAUGCGCAACAUGUUCAGCAUGUUUUCCCCUUCAGCAAAUUCACCCUUUUUCGACGAUUCCCGAUCGUGACACGAAUUUGUGCAUUAAGAGAAAAACAGAAAAAAAGAUUUUUCAAAAGAAUGCAGCGUUUAACAGUAAUUAAUGUUUAAUUUUGAAAUCUGUUACUUUACAUAGUAAUAAACAAACGUCAUAUUCA